UAUAAAGAAGGAAGCCCACCACCCUGGAACAGAAUAACUGCACCAGUGCCUGAUCACAGUGCCAAGUUUUUCAUCCCAUCCAUGAGAGAACACAAUGCAGGACGAUAUUACUGUUACUGUUAUACCUCUGCUGGGUGGACACAGCGCAGUGACGCCCUGGAGCUGGUGGUGACAGGUGUCCACCAUGGCAAACCUACUCUGUCAGCUUUUCCCUGCCCUGUGUUGACCUCAGUUGGGAAUGUAACCCUUCAGUGUGUCUCUUCCAAAGGAUAUGAUAGAUUCAUUUUGACUGGGGAAGAUCUGAAGCUCUCCAGGUCCCAAAAGUCACAGCUCAUAUACACUGGACAGUCUUUAGCUCUGUUUCCUGAGAUCUCCAUGACAUCCAGCAAGAGUGGUCCCUUCAGAUGUUAUGGAUACUAUACCAAUGCCUCACAUGUGUGGUCAGAGGCCAGUGACCCUUUGGAGCUACAUUUCUCAGCCUCGCAGUCCCAGGGUCACACAGUGGUGAACCUCAUCCGGAUGGUCAUAGCUGGCUUGAUCCUCAUAGUUCUUGGAAUUGUGCUGUUUGAGGCUUGCCACAGCCACAGAAGGUCCAUGAAUGCAUCCUAGAAGUGAAGAAGAGAGACAGCCAUAGUCCUUGCCUGGUGACCAAAUCUGGGAAAUAAAUUUGAGGAUCUCAGGUGUUAUUUACCAGAAGAUUCCAUGUUUAAUAUUGGGCAUCAGUUGUGAGAAAGGAUUCAGGAAAUAAAUUUAUUUUGGGUGCAGAAAAAGACAUGAAUACUGUGGCAGCUGGCUCCUCUACUACCACAUUAGAGGUCUUAUAUUCUACCUUGUUGUGGAUUUGAAGAUUUUUCCUUCCUUUCUUUUCAUUCUAUAAUGUGGGGAACAUAACGUCCCACCAGUGUGUUUUGGGUCCUCAUCUCUUUAUAUGUUCUAAUUUUCCUCAGUCCCAUGUGAUAUUUUCCUUUAUU